AUAAACGUGUAGAAUCUUUAACGGGUUUUCUUCGGAAUAUUCCUUUUUAUCAAAUUCCACUCUGGUUUUUAAUUUAUUGAUUUAUUAUUAUUUUAAAAAAUUAUACCAAACAAACAAACUCUUCUUUCUUUUUCUUCUAUAUUAACCCCUAAACAUCUCAAAAAACCACAACUCAAACAACCUAAAAAUAAUAAAAAAAAAACUCCUAUUUCAAAUGUGUGAAGCACCUAAAAACGCAUACCAACUGUUGGAAGAAAUUGGCCGCGGACGCUUCGGCACCAUCGUCCGAGCCUUCAGCCCAGUCUUGGAAGACUUCGUCGCCUGUAAGAUAAUCGACAAAAGGGUUCUCACCGAUGACACUGACAGAGCUUGUCUCGAAAAGGAGCCAAAGAUCAUGACCCUUUUGGCUUCUCAUCCCAACAUUCUCCAAAUCUUUGAUGUCUUUGAAAACGAAGAUUUUCUCACUGUCGUUUUAGAGCUCUGUGAAUCCGCUACUCUCUACGACCGCAUCGUCGGCCGGACUCUUUCCGAAUCUGAAUCUGCUUCUUUAAUCAAACAGCUUCUCGAAGCUUUGGCUCAUUGUCACCGCCUCGGCGUUGUUCACAGAGACCUUAAGCCGGAGAACGUUCUGUUCGACUCGAGAGGGAACCUCAAGCUCGCCGAUUUCGGCUCUGCUGAGUGGCUUAACGAGGAUGGCUUGGUCGAAGGGGUGGUGGGUACGCCGUAUUAUGUGGCGCCGGAGGUUCUUUUGGGCAGAGAGUACAACGAGAAAGCCGAUGUGUGGAGUGCCGGCGUUAUUUUGUACAUAAUGUUGGCUGGGAUUCCGCCGUUUUACGGCGAGUCCGCCACCGAUAUUUUCCAGUCUGUUUUGAGGGGAAACUUGAGGUUUCCGACGAGGAUUUUCCGGUCGGUUUCUCCAUCGGCUAAGGAUCUGUUGAGAAAGAUGAUCUGUAAGGAUUCUUCCAGAAGAUUAACUGCUGAACAGGCACUGAGACACCCAUGGAUUCUAAGUGGAGGAGAGACAAAUUCAAUGGAGUGAAUAGGAAGAAAAAAGAAAAGGGUUUGUAGUUUUUGACUUCCAAACUCAUCCAAGAGAAAAGCCAGUGUACAUAGAUGCCGUGCUAAGCCAUGCCAGGCUAUAGUAAGCCUUAGUAUCAUGACUACCCAAUAAAAAGAUUCCCACUUUUCUUUCUUACCCAAAACCACAGGGAAGAUCAUCAUGGAUGGUUCCAUGAAAAAAAACACACCAAAUUUUCUACUCAAGACCAGAAUCAGAGUUCGAUGAGAAGUUACACAUGAGGCUCUUUCCAAAGGGUUUUUUUUUUUUUUUUGGUUUCUUUCUUUCCGUUGUUUAACUUGAGAAAAUCUGAGACUGUAGAUAUACUGUUUGUAUGUAUGUAGAGUGAGAAUCUGGUCUUUCCCCGCCUCUUCUUUUUGUUUUUGGGAUAUUAGAAAAAGAUCAGGAAGUGAGAAAGCAAAAGUGUACCACUGUAGUACGGUUGCUGCUAUUAUAAUGUUGCAACUUUUUUUUUUUUAUCUUUUUGAGAUAAUAGUCUAGUUUUGUAAAUGAUCUAUCCUGAUAUAUUGAAUGGAUGUGCUUAGUUUAAGAAUCUA